AUGAAGACAACACUACUGUCUUUUCCUUUUUUUCUGGCGCUUGCAAUCGGUUACGUUCAAAGCAAUGUGGAAAACUGUUAUAAAGAAGAUAAACAUGAUAGGCGUUUCUCGAUAUCUCCCGGAAACUAUGAUCCUCUUCAAAUGACCAUCAUCACUUGCACGACGGCGUGUGGGGAACUGAACCAAAAAUACGCGGCUCUCACUUACGGAAAGUUCUGCUUUUGCGGAAACAACGACCCCGAUGAUGCAAAGAAGACGACCAGCGGUUGUACGACCCCUUGUUCUGGCGAUAGUAAUCAGAUGUGUGGGGACAGUGAGCAUAUCAGUGUCUAUAAGUCGGCUCAACAUUUCACCGAUUUGACGCUGUCGGUCAAAUCGCAUAACAACUUUGAGGUGAUUUUUGAGGCGAUGGCUGAACCUGAGAGCAUCAUCGUGGAUUAUCAAAUGGAUUACGGUGAAGGCAACAGCAGGACACAAAAGAAUGCAAGCGAUCUCUUUACCAAGCAUUACGUUUUGCCAGGAAACUUCGCAGCUACACUUUACGCUUCCGGACGCAAUAACACAGCACCGGAAGUCCAAGCGAGCACACUGGUGUCAGUGAAUUUCCCUGUGACCAACAUGUCAGUCAACUGCCCAAAGGUGACCGCUUCUCACGAGGAAAUGGAAUGUCUUGUAACACUGGUGGAUGGCAGCUCUCUCAUAGUGACCAGUGAUAUGGGUGAUGGCCAGGGACCUCAAAAUUAUACAAUUGCAGAUGCAACGCGUUUCGUGGCCGGCCCAGAGAUCCCAAGCACUUCGACAUCUCAAGGCACUACAACUGAUGGUUUUUACAUAAUGCCGUCAGCCGAGUUCCAGUGGGAAGGCGUUACAGUGGCCUGGGAGAUUUUUGCGACAAAAGCCGGAACAAUUAAUCUUUUGAUUUUGAAGCCGGUCUGUUCAAACGAAUAUUGCUACACGAGCCGGACAUGUGGCACUUGUCAUCCUGGAAUGGCUUACAAAUGCGGCCAGCAGUUAUUUAACACAGCGACAGGAAUGUGUGGCAAUAGUACGGUCCCAAGGUACACAGAAUCCUCGUUGUUGGUGACUUAUUCCAUUGUUGAUAAGAUUAACAGUUAA